AUGCCGGAAAAGCUCACUGAAUGGUCCAAACAGAAUAAAGUUAGCCACGUCGGUUUACCGCCAUAUAUCAGUAGUGGUUUAUACACACACAAUGGCGAGAAAUUGCGAUUUUUGAUUAUGCCACGUUAUGAAAAAUCGUUAGAAACAUAUCGAACAUCAAAUGGUGGUACACUGGACAUGCAUGUGGUAUUAUCUGUAGCAAAACAGUGCAUCAAUUGCUUGUCCUAUAUGCAAGAUCACGACUAUGUUCACGGUGAUUUGAAAGCGGACAAUAUCCUUUUGGCUUCUGCGAAUACAUUUUCCAAGUGCUUCUUGGUUGAUUUUGGACUUGCAAAAAUGGCAAAAGGAAAUGUUGAAAAGCCAGACAAAAAGCGAGCUCACAACGGAACACUUUUGUUCACAUCACUUGAUGCGCAUCGUGGUUGCGCUCCGUCGUACAGAGGUGAUCUGGAAAUACUAGCCUACAACAUUCUUUAUUGGUUGUGUGGCACAUUGCCCUGGCAAAAGCUCACUGAGAAACCAGAUGAGGUAAAAAAACCAUUUUUUGUCGUUUAA